CUGUAUUGUGCACUUCCGGGUGCGAUAACUCUGUAUUCUUCAGAAACCUGAGAUAUCUGUCCAUGUUGUCAAGAAGAACUAUACUUAAUAUUUGAUCAGAUAUGAGUGGUAAUACUGGAAAGAGGGGCAAGAAGCGGCCCAAGUCCUACUAUCUGAAAUGUUCCCAACAGAACAAACGGAAGGUCAACAGACUGGAGCCAGACAUUAGUGGUUUCUUACUCACCUGUAACAGUCAUGAAAAGGAUGCAGUCCGUGAGGCGUAUAGUCUUCUGAAUGAGUACGCUGACCAAAUCUACGGACCCGAGGAGGUAUCAAAGGAAGAGACUGGUGAUCAGGGAGGUCCUGAGGUCAGCAGUGAUGAGGAUGAAGAAGAAGAUAUUGCAGCAACCCUUCAGAAAGAGGUCAAGGCUAUCAAAACAACCAUAUCCUCCUCACAUCGGCGAUUCCAGAAUGUACAAACUAAGGCCCACAACUGUUUGUUCAUCAAAACCUCACUACCAGACCCUUGUCAGUUGGCUCACACCAUCUUUGCCGAUCUGUCAAAAACUCGUGUCCAAAAGACACGAUAUGCCUUACGAUUUCUCCCCAUCGCUGGUACGUGUAAAGCAUAUCAAAAGGACCUUACAGAACUGGCAGAGAAACUUCUGGCUAAAGAAUUCCAAACACCGUUUGGUGUGGGUUUGAAAUAUUCAGUGGUAUACAAAUCUAGAAACAAUAACAAUAACGACCUUGCCAGGACAAGUGCUCAGACAAUUAUCGGACAAGUCAUCAAAACACUCAACCCUCUACACAGCGUUAAUUUUGAUAAUCCGGAUGUGGUGGUUAUCGUUGAAGUGAUUGGAAAUGUGUGUUGUUUGGGCACUGCACGUGACUUUUUCAGGUUUCGAAAGUACAAUCUUGUAGAAGUGGUACGAUCACCAGUAGAGGCAAAGGAAAAUAAAAAAGAUAUUGAAGCUGUAAAGUCCACACCGGAUCAAGAUAUAGCAUGCUCCGACUGUAAAGACAGUGAUAAUAUGGACAAAAACAAUAAAGUUGAUAGCUGUAAAGACAGUGAUGAUGUCAGGGAUAAAGGCAGUAAUGUUGACAAUAGCAAGUCGGAUGAUGUCACAGAUGUAGGCAGCCAAGUUGUUGACAGCAACUGUGAAGACAAUGAAGUCACUCGAGAAAGCAGUGAGGUUGGCAACAGCAAAAAGGAUGAUGUAAUAAGCAAAAGCUGUGACCUCAUCAACAAAGAAUGUAAAAGCAAUGUUGUUACAGAUGAUACAUGUAAUGUCGAUGACAACUGUACUGACAGUGAUAUCAGAUGAGAACUUUAAAGAUAUUAAGAAAUCGUAGAUUACAUUUGUACACAGGAAAUAAGAAAAAAAUCACACAUUUAAUCAUUUUGUCAAAUUAAGUGGAAAUAUUGGUAAAGAUUUUAUUGUUGUACAGUUAAUCAUUGAAAUUUUGUUAAUAAAUAAUAUGUUUAUAUUGUGCUGUAAUAAAUAUUCACAAGAUAUUCUAAAUAUGUGAUUUGCUAAUUUAAAGUAUCACAUUAUUAUCCUACAAUCGAUCAGGUGAUUACACUAUCCUGGUAUUUAUUACCAGAAAUAUAGAUACCCUAAUUGACCUAAUAAGGGCCCCUCUAUAAACUCACUCCCACCUUUUUUUCAGAGGAUGGGUACACUUAUAGAAAUAUCCUUACCUCAUCUGCCAAUAUAAUCUUCAGUCUUUCCAAAGAUGCUGAUUAUAUUUUUUUUACCACAAAAGUUUUUUGUUUCCACUCGAAUUUAAUAUUAAUUUUAACCUGUUUUAUGGUUGUGUUAAAGCACACCCUUUUGUGUUUUUUGUAACCGCACGAUGCACUUAUUAGGUCAAAUACGGUGAGUGAAGUUCGAAGGAAAUCCUGGGAUGGACAUGAGAGACGGCCAAAUUAUCUGUGAUAAUCAUUGGAGUGGAUUGCAGACAUGCUUUCUAUAGAAAAUAGAUAAAAGGUUCGAAUAGAUAAAGGUUAGAAUUGAUUAAGGAUGAAUUAGACAAAUCAUGACAUUAUCUACAUACAAACAACAGGUAAAGCUCAAUAAACUUAGGCAGACAGAUUUACAAAGUAAAUGCAGUUAUUAAUGAUAGUUAAGAAUAUUUCUUUAUUCAUAUAAAUGAAAUGUACCUGAUUUGUAGCUAUAUA